AUGAACGUCAUCGCCGGACGACUGGAGCAGCCAAACCGGGAGCGGAACGACGACAGUGAACCGGAACAGGGGCGGAACCGAUGGCCGGAUCAACGGAACGGACGGCGGCGGGAUCGUCGUGGUCGCGCAGGUCGCACCGGAACUAACGGCGAGCGUGGUCGAGCAGCCGGCGGCGUGGGGGGCGCGUCAAGCAAGUGCAGCUGGUGGUGCUGCUGCUGCCGGAGCUGCCGUCGCCGCCGCCUUCGCCACAGCCGCCGGGCCGCCGCCGCCGCUGACGACGCCGCAGCAGCAGCAUCCGAAGCCGGCGACGACCUGCAGCAACAGCAACAGCAACAGCAAAGUGGUGACCAGCACAGGACAGAAACCACAGUAGUGAUAACGUCGCCGUCGUCGUCCACCAUAGAAACGCCGGGACGAGUUGAGGUCGCCGCUGCCACCCUGUCGUCGUCGACCGGAUGCCAAGCGCCGCCGUCGUCGUGUUCCGUCACCGCAGACGCCGACCGGAAGUCGUCGUCGGCUUCGUCCGUCGUCCCGGGCGCCGGCGACCAAAAUCAGCAACAACAACAACAACAGCCGCCGCACGCAGCAUCGGGGGUCAAGCAGCAGCAGCAGCAACCUCAACAACAACAGCAGUUGCACGACAUCGAGGAGGAAGAGGACGACGAUCAGCCGACUUCGUCGACGGACGGCGACCGCUCGCUGACGGUCCGCGAGACCGCCGGCUGCCCGUCACCGACAUCAUCGUCUGGCGCCCCAUCGGCCACGAACACGAACUGGCCCAGGGCUGCCACGACCACGGCGGCGGUGUCGUCAUCGUCGGCGCCCGCCACCGACCGGAAGCGCAAGAAAAACCUGCGGCCCAAGAGCGUGACGAACGCCGUUAGUUCGGACACGUCUGGCGCCGUCGGUUCGGGUGUCCAGGAACGCACCGCCGGCACCACGCCAUCGUCGGCCAACGACAACAACAACGACAACAGUCAAACGUCUGGACCAUCAGCAGAAGCAGCAGCAGUAGCAGCGGCCAUAGCGGCAGCGGCAGCUGCAACCGCAGCCACCUCCACAUCGGCGGUCACGGCCAAAAUGCAAGCGGAACAGGGCAGCAUAGGAGAUCUGCAGAAGUAUCACAAGUUCCUCCGGAAUCGCAGGCACACGCUAGCUAACGUCCGGUAA